AUGUCUGGCCUCGAGGCUAUUGCCAUUUUGGGAUUUGUCCUGCAGGUCGUUGAGACUACCGUCACGGUCAUCGAUCUGUGGAAAGCCACAAAUGAAGUCGGGCAAGAGGUUAUCGUGAUAAAAGCCAGACUCGACAUGAUUCGCGCCCGUCUCAAGACCUGGGCACUCGACUGGGGGCUGAAGGAGGGGAACCACAUGAAAAGCCGACGCUUCAGAGAAUUCGGAUCUCUGGCUCUGAGGUAUCUCUUGAUAAUCCAAUAUCGACUCACGGCGCUGGAUAACUUUGACAAAAAGUAUCCCUCACUGUUCCGAAAUGAUCGCGUCUUAGAGGGUCAGCCUCGCUCAGAAGAACGCGUUCUUCAACUCGCUCUGAUCGCUCAUGCGGAUGGGCCGGAUGUCAGAGAACUGGAGCUGCUUCAGCAGGAGGUAGCUUCUAUAAACCAUGCCAACAUCAUCCAGCGGGGGAGAUGGGCCCGGAAGGAGGGCAAGGGGAUGAAGAUGACGGACCAAAUUGCCGUAUUAGUUGGAGAGCUCGAGGAUUUCUUUACACCCCCGACGAGCGACCCGAACGGCCCAGUUUUCCUCAAUCAAAGGUUGACGUCAGAAGAAAUAUCCUCUCCAUGCCAGCCACAGAUUGGAGGUCCUGUAGAGGAUAGGGCUUCCAAACUAGUAGAGGGUAUCGCUAAUUUCAAGGAAGCUGCACAAGAGAUGAGAAACCGAAGCGACGCUUUGCACCAACGAGAGUUGCUGCGAAGUCACCGAGGAAUCAAGAACGAAAAGAAGCUGGACAACACACCUGAAUACUCUACCAAGCGCAGCCUCGCCGAUUUCAAGUCUCGCAACAUCAACAUCACACCUGUGAUGAUCGAGUGGAUAUGCGUACCAAGUAGCUUAUCUGCGGAAAUCAAGGAGGCUUCUCAAAACCAAAUACACGACCUCGCUUUGCUACUACAUUCGGAAAAGAAGCCCCAAGAGUUCAGGACUCUGGAAUGCAUAGCAAUGGUCGAUAUGCCCGUGGCAGAAGAAGAGGACGCACAGUACGGUUUGAUCUUCAAGCUUGAAGAGGGGCAGCAAGUCUACACUCUCUUGGAGCUGCUGAGCAGGGAAGGUUCUGCGCCCAAGUCUCUCACUGAGCGACUGAAGCUUGUUAAGCUGCUUUCCAAAACGCUGCUGUUUCUUCAUCUGGGAUCAUGGCUGCACAAAGGCAUCCGUAGCGAUAAUGUACUAUUUCUUAGUAGCGACAUAUCUUGUGUUGACCUUGGUGCAGCAUACAUUGGCGGUUUCGACUACAGUAGGCUGUUCCGGGAGACCAGGUUGACUCAAAACGUUGGAGACAACCGAUUUCAGAACGUGUACCGGCAUCCAGAUCACCAAGGCCAUCCAGUGCGUCAGAAUGGCGAGGCGGCUGACCGACCGUCUUUCUCCUACAAGGCCGACCUGUACAGUCUUGGUGUCCUGCUCGUGGAGAUUGGUCUGUGGUCGCCGAUCAUCAAGCUUUUAGACGCUCGAGGGAGUCAAGAGGAAGACAGACAUGUGCGCGAGGCAAUACUUGACAUGAUUCCUGAGGUUAGGAUGAGGAUGGGUGACGCUUUCGCUGACGCAGCCUCGGUUUGCCUGAGGAGUGACUUCCAUACGGGCGAGGCUGGACAGCCAGAGAGUGUUCAAGAGAGUUUUUAUUUAUCUGUGGUUAGAUUGCUGGAGCGAUGCUUUAUAUAA